UGCCCCAUCCCUGCAGACAGCCGAGGUCAGGCUGGACGGGGCUCUGAGCACUGCUGGAGCAGUGGGUGUCCCUGUUAAUUACAGAGAAGUUGCACCAAGUGGCCUCUGAGGGUCCCUUCCAACUCAAACCAGUAACCACUUCUGAGAAAUGUGGGCUCCUGUGCAUGCAGGAGGAACGGUCCUCCAUCUACCCGCAGGCACUGCUGGGUCUUUGUUAGCAGCCUGCAUGGAGCACCUCUGCGUGUGCAGCUCUGUGCCCUGCAGACAGUCCCACUUGUAGCCUGGGCUGCCUGUGUGGGGAAUGGAGGUGGUGAGUUUGCAGUGGGAUGGGCAGCAACAUCUGCUCUCUGCCCAGCUGAGUGCAGCAGGUCUUUUUCUCCCUGCUUGAGUUGAGAGAUGCACGGCUUUGGCAGCUGCAGUGGGGCAUGGAGCAGUCAGGGCAGGAGAGUGUCUGUGUGAUGGGGAGAGCUCCAGUCCGUGGCUCCUGCAUGGGCUGAGGAUGUUCCAUAUGUCUCCAGGGCAUCUCUCUCCAUGCCACAUACGGGGUGCGGCUGGUUCCUCAGGUGGAUGGCUGCUGUCUUUGAGAGCACGUGUGUGUGUGUGUGUGUUGUUGCCAGCCAAGCACUUCCCAUACAACCUGGGACUGCCAGCCCUCUCCUCCCAGCCCUCUCCCAGACCCUGUGGCCUCUCUGCAGGGAGGUGAUGCUCACAGAGCCGAAGCUGCAGAUCCCACGCUUCUCAGCAGGAGAUGAGAACUUCAGAGCCAGUGCAGCAGAGCUUAACAAGCUGGAUGCAGUGGAUUUCCUAUUGCCCAGGGACGAGCUGUGUGCUGCCGUGUCAGUGGCACAGCUGUCCAGGUAGCACCGUGAUGUUAUCUUGUUCCAGCCCUCUGCUCACACUGUUUGCUUUGGUGGACUUUGUCUUGCAGCAAGAGGAAGCUCAAAGCCAGGAGGAGGUGAAAAUCUUCCGUGCCUUAAUCCUGGGGGAGCUGGAGAGGGGCCAGAGCCAGUUCCAAGCACUCUGCUUUGUCACACGGCUCCACCGCAACGAGAUCAUCCCCAGUGAGUCCAUGGCCAAGCUGCGACAGAAGAACCCCAGGACGGUGCGGCAGGCAGAGGAGGUGCGGGGCCUGGAGCAUCUCAGCAUGGACGUAGCUGUCAACUUCAGCAAAGGGGCCCAGCUGAGCUCUCACAUCCACAACGUCUGCGCAGAGGCCAAAGAAGCAAUUUAUACCCGAGAAGAAGAUGUCAAAUUUUGGCUGGAGAAAGGGAUGGACGGCUCCAUGUUCGAGGUCCUGCCACAGACAUCUGACCUGCCCGACCUGCAGCGCUGCAAGCUGUGCACGGACCGCUGGAAGCCGUGCAUCUGCAGCUACUCACUGAGCAUCGAGUGGUACCCGUGCAUGCUCAAGUACUGCAAGAGUCGUGAUGCUGCAGGCAAGGUUUCUUCCUACAAAUGUGGCAUCCGCAGCUGCCAGAAGGGCUACACCUUUGAUUACUACGUGCCGCAGAAGCAGCUCUGUCUCUGGGAUGAGGAGACCUAGCAGAGCUGGGCCAGGCCUCGUCAAGGAGUGGCUCGUCUGCCCUCCUGCUUGCAGUGCUGAGGGCCUCCUGGAGCUGGCUGCUCUGAAGAAGGAAUUUGGUUUGCAGCGAUGCCUUGUGCCAGGAGAGCUCUGUGAAUGUGCCUUUCUUUUGGCCCCCUGUGCCCCCGUCCUGAUGCUGCCUCGUGCUGUGAUCAGCAGGUGAUGCUGUCCUGCACGGCUUGCUGGCCUGAAGCAGCAGGAGGGCUGUGCCUUGCCCUGCUCUGGAGCUAGCAGGUGUGAAGGGGUCAGUUGUGAGCACCAUGGCUGCUUUGGGGCAGGGGGAGAAGCCAUCCCACAGAGCCGGAUUGUCCAACAUUUCUGCCACCAAAAGCCCUUUGCUGACUUUGCCACCUCCUGGUGAUUUGACAGCAUUUCCCAAUGGGAAAACAGCUGAGUUAUGGGACCACAAACCCUGAAUAAGGAAGGUGUGAAGCCCACCCAAAGCCUACCUGUAGCUUUCCUAGCAUCCAGCCACCUGCUAUGUCCUUCCUGUGGCUAUGAGGUGCUAUGGGGGGAUGCAUCCCAGCAAUUAUUUCCGCCCCAAAGGGCUGGUAAUGAGGGCUCUAACUCACCCCCACUUAGACUAGUGAAGGCCCAACUUUUUGUGUUGGUUCCAUGCCUCACCCACUGAGCAAGAAACAUCCAGAAAUGUGUGACUGCCAUCCUAACAGUGCACUAUAAGGCAGGGGCGAUCCCAGAUGAGCAUUGCAGAUAGGGGAAAACAGCAUUCUGCAUCUACGCCCAGCCUUGCAUCCUACUUCACAAGGAGCUCUUAGGCAGCCCGUGCUGCUUUGCUGUGCCUUGGUUUGCCCUGUGUGUGAGCAUGGAUGGUGCCAGAGCCAACCAUACACCUGGAGGGCAUUGGACAUAAAGUGCUGCAGAGCGCUGUGAGUUCUUCCACUCGACUCAGAACAAGCAGGGAGAAGACAGGGGCUCUUGGGGCUAUAGGGAAGCCCCGUGCCUCCUGCUGAGAAGCCUUUUAUCGUGUGCCUUUUUGCCUAACAUCCAGGAUUUUUUUUUUUUUUUUGACAAAAAAAAAGAAAGGAAAAAAAAAAUUGGUCACAAUUAUUUUUGUAUUGAUUACUUAAAGGGGAAGGGAGGGGAGGGAGAGAAGGGAAAGGUAUUUUAAUACUGCAACAUGAAGUAAGAUACACUUGAAUGAUUUUUUUUUUUUUUUAAAGAGAAAAGCAAUCCGAUUAUUUAUCAUUUGUAAGAUACAAUAAACUGAUUUUUUUGUUGUU